AUGACAGAUUCUGAUGCAGGCUCUCAUUCAGAGUCAGAUAUUGAUCUAGAAGCUUCUCAGGAAGAUCAAUUGACAGCAAAGGAUGGUGAGGUCCCAGCAGAGAUUGAUGUGGAGAGAUUUAUUUCUAUGAUGCAGUCAGCAAUGGGCAUAUUCCACGAACAGAAGGCUAUGGGGAAUAAGAAGUUUCUUGAGAGAGGAGAUCCAGAAGUGCAAAAACCAGCGUACAAUGCCUAUAACAUGGGCUCAAAAUAA